AUGUCCGGUAAACGCUCUCGCGCCAACUUCGAGUCGGAUCUCCAGGCCCAACAAUCACCAUUCGUAGUCUUCGGGACGCCUCUGCCUCCUCUUGACCCUGACGUUCGAGAUGAUGGCUCAUACGUACCUGUGUGGAAGCAGGAGGUUAGAGAUGAGAGAGGACUGAAACGUCUUCAUGGCGCCUUUACUGGUGGGUUCAGCGCAGGGUACUACAAUACAGUUGGCUCGAAGGAGGGAUGGACACCCUCGACCUUCGUUUCCUCACGUACGAAUCGAAAGAAAGAUGAGCCCAAACCAGCUCAACAACGGCCCGAGGACUUCAUGGACGAGGAGGAUAUUGCAGAUGCUGAAGAUGCAAAACGAGUCCAAACGGCUGAAGGCUUUGCGGGCCUCGGGUCAACACAAGACGAUGCCAUCCGUCGCGGAGGAUUAAUUGAUCUGUUUCGGAUAGAAGGGGAAACUAUCGGCGUGAAGUUGUUGAAGAAGAUGGGCUGGAAGGAAGGACAGGGCGUAGGACCAAAAAUACGACGGAAAGCACGCCUAGAUGGUGUCGAGAAGCCUAGCGACGACAACAAUUCUACACACCUCUUUGCUCCAGAGAAUACCCAUAUGAUUAGCUUUAUAAGGAAGAACGACCAUAAGGGUCUGGGUUUUGAUGGGGAAACAAAGCUAUCGUCGAAUUACGGGACAGGAUCAAUUACGCCUAAGUCUGAUGAUGAAGAAGAUGAUGAUCGAGGGUUAUUAGCUCCCAAAAUAUCGAAGAAAAAGAAGAAACCUGUUCGUGGCGGUAUAGGUAUCGGUAUUCUAAAUGAUACAGGGUCAGAUGAUGAGGAUCCAUACGAAAUCGGCCCCAAAAUAUCAUACAAUCGGGUCAUAGGAGGAGAUAAGAAAAAGAAGAAGGCAACCAAAGCCGCUAUCAAUCCUCUGCUUUCCUCCAAGCCUGUUUUCAUUUCGAAAAAGGUCGCGAUGGCAAAAGCUGCUAUUGGUUUCCGUAAAUGCCACGAUGGCCGUUUACCGCUUGAUGGCUUCAUAUUGAGCAGCAAAGAUGAGUUCUCAUUGGUUACUCAGUCUACGGGCGAGUAUGAAGCACCCAAAAUACCCAAAGGGUGGACAUCUUCGAAAGUACCCAAAGACGGUACACAAAAUAAAGCAUACCUCUCCACAGCAGAUGCAGCCAAAGCAUCGAAGCUCGAUCCGAAAUCUCGCGCAUCAAUACUUGGAGAAGCUGCUUUACCAGGAAAAUCUGUUUUUGAUUUCCUCAGUCCUGCCGCUCGAGAUAGACUUGUUUCUGCGUCUGGAAAGUCCAAUUUACCUGCCGCUUUGGGUGAGAUUCCCAAAGGGUAUAGCAUCACAGAAGAAGAGUGGCAUAGAGAUCUUCUCGCGCAGAUACCUAAAGUCGACAAGUACACCGCCGAUGCCGCACUCAGUCGUGGUGCGAGCGGAUUCAUGCCGUAUGGUGAAGAUGAAGCAAAAAGGAGUCGCUAUCGAGCAUAUCUGGAAAACCAAGCCGGAAACAACCCAUCUCCCCCAGAAAGGGGUCCCAGUGUGUCGAAAGAUGACUGGCUGAAAGAGCUCAGGGAGUUCGCCAAUUGCGCCCAGAUAUUCAAACCGAUGUCGGGCAUGAUGGCAACACGAUUCACAUCUUCCACUACCGCACCUAAGCUUGCUUCCGAUGCCCCUGAUUCGACCUCUCUACUGAGUAAGCCCGUUCCGAAGGUAGAGGACCCAGCCGAACAGGCGGCUAAGCUGGGCAUGUAUGGCCCAAUGACGAGGACCUCACAGGAAUGGUAUCCAUCAAGACUGCUCUGUAAGAGGUUUAAUGUCAAACCACCUGCCCAUGUUCAACCAGGUGCUACGGAUCAUGGCGAGGAAAAUGUAGCACCGAGGAAGUCGGCGCCAGAUGUGGUCUCUCAAAGCUCUAUUGAUGAGAUGAUGAGGGAGAGUUAUCAGCAGAGACAUCAAGGAGCGGGGGAUACAAAUGCUGAGACUGUCCCAGCUCCUGUCGCAACACCAAAAGAGGUCGUCGUGGUUGACGCCGACAGAAACGAUGCACUAGAGGGUCAAAGGGCUGGCGAGGCCGUCUUUAAAGCCAUCUUUGGAGAUGAUAGCGAUGAUGACUGA